AUGUCUAUAUCAACUACGAUGCCCAAAGGGAUUGGACCAUCCCCGGCGACGAGCGGAGCGACUCCCCGAAAUAAUAUCGAUUACACCCAGGAAGAGUUGGACGCCAUCCUGGAGAAAUAUUCAGAGAGAGGAUGGAUAGAUUUCGGCCAAUACUUCACAAUACGAGAGGCUGAGGUAAUUCACGCUGCAUCCAAUGGACGAGCGGAGCUUCCUUGGAUGGAAGAGUUCCUUCGAAACUUCAUGGAGGAAGCUGCUGAAAAAAUCGUCAAAUACCGGGAGGACUUUCAUAGAAAGAAUGAGAUAACCGAGAUGUGUGACGAAAGAGAAGAUAGUGUGGACUACGAACUAAGAAUGAGGGGGGAGCAGGGCAACGCUGAGGAGAGAGACGGUGGUAUCGUGGAAAGUGAGAAAUACCACUCCCAGAACAAUGAAUCCGUUGAAAUUCCGAGCCCAGAGUCUAACAAAGAAAACUUCAGUGAUGGCGUUCAGAUGAAUGAAGUUAUCAAAGAGAGACAGAACCCUAGUUCCGUCGAGCCAUUGUCUAUAAACACUGGCUUUUUCGCACGUACAACACCGGAUACGGAAGUAUUUGAGCCCAAGACCGGGACCGUCUCUCAUGGAGCUGACAGUGAAGACCACGUUCUUUCUGUCGAUUCCGUCGACCAUAGUCAUAACGCCCUUGAUGAGUAUCACGCCUUCUCGCAAAAAUUGGACGAAGAAGUUGUUUUUGGCAGCGAGCCUGCCGUGGGCAACAACUCGAGCAGGAAUGACGAAGAGACGAGACGGCACAACCUCAAUGAGAAUGAGACGACGAGAGCCGAAGAUACAAGACUGGCCGAAACAGGUUCGCAAACUCCAGUUCCAGCAUUUGAAAUUAGAUGGGGGCAGACUGACAUGAGUGUAGCAGGUUCUGCUGAGAGCAGUCAAUUUAUUCCUUACUCUCAACCUGGCAGGCUAGCAAUUGAUCCUCGAAUUUCAGUCUCUAGUCUUUCCAUUCAACCAUAUGUCCAAAGCGCUGUACAGCAUCCGGCCCCGAACGCUCCUUCUUCUAUAACGCAACCGCAAAUGUGGAGUUCCGCGCCAAUUUCCCCUGGAGGGGCUUUCUCAGCAAUCCCAGGCUCUGGCGGUCCGGCUUUGGGCAUGCAGCAUCCGCCACAACAACCUCAUCGGACGGGGGUUCUCUGGUGGAGGUCUCCACACCCUUUCCAACCUCCGCAACCUCCACGAGCACCACAAAAGCUUUCCACCAAGACCGAGGUCGCGCUGAAAAUAUGGGAGACCGAGUACUUUGAACAGGUAGAGUGCAUUAGAGGACCCGCCACAGAUCGCGCAGGAUAUCAAAUCCGCCAGAUGGAAAGAAGCGCCUUCCGAGAAUGGGUUUAUCAGCGCAUUGCGGAGUGUGGAGAAGUCGGAUUCAUGAUGUCAGUCUUGAAUAUGACAGGAAGAUGGGAUUUAUUUGGCCAUCACCAGGUAGUGGCGCAGAAGAAUACUGGAAUGAAGAGAAGACUGGCCGACGAAGAAGGGAAUGAGUAUGCUGGCGGAGCUGCGAAGAGAAAUCGGCAGCAUUGA